CGCUGUCACCGUCACCGCCACCGCUGUCACCGCCGGGCUCCGGUGCGGACACCCCCGCAGCGGCAGGUACCUUUGCUGAGAGGUGGCAGAGCAGCCUCAGGACACCACCAUGAUGGACGAUCACGCACCUGGCCAGGAAAAACACUUCUCCUCAGGCUAUCCCCUUCAGAUACCAGUGGAUGAUGGAUCAGAUGAGCCUGUUUCUGAAACCUCUGACGCUAAGAGCACCCCAACUACGGAAGAUGCCACAGCACCUUUAGUGGAGGAAGGAGACCACGAGGAUCAGGGUGGUGUGGAACAGCACGGGGAGAUCCCAGAAGGAACCACAGCUGAAGAGGCGGGCGUAGGAGCCACUCCCAACCUGGAGGACCACGCUGCAGGAGAUGCCACUCAAGGUCGUGUUGACAAGGAAGGGACCGAAGCUGAUGAAAAGAAAUCCAAGGGCCCCGAGGCCAGGGCUGGCUCCAAGACACGCUCGGGGCAGGCGCAGAGGAACUCCAGCAACGCCACUCGCAUCCCGGCCAAGACCCCCACGGCCCCCAAGACCCCUCCCAGCUCCGGCAGAAAGGAGCAGAAAAAGCCACCUCCUGCAGCAGCAAAGACUGAGAAAGGUGAGCAGCCCAAGUCCGGAGACAGAAGCGGUUACAGCAGUCCCGGCUCCCCCGGGACUCCAGGCAGCCGUUCCCGCACCCCCUCUCUGCCCACCCCACCAGCCAGGGAGCCCAAGAAGGUGGCAGUGGUUCGCACCCCCCCGAAAUCCCCGGCCUCUGCCAAGACCCGCGUGCAGCCGGCGGCCGCGCCCAUGCCCGACCUGAAAAACGUCAAGUCCAAAAUCGGCUCCACUGAUAACCUGAAGCACCAGCCCGGAGGUGGCAAGGUGCAGAUAAUUAAUAAGAAGCUGGACUUUAGCAGCGUUCAAUCCAAGUGUGGCUCAAAGGAUAAUAUCAAACACAUCCCGGGCGGAGGCAGUGUGCAGAUAAUUAAUAAGAAGCUGGACUUUAGCAGCGUUCAAUCCAGGUGUGGCUCAAAGGAUAAUAUCAAACACAUCCCGGGCGGAGGCAGUGUGCAAAUCGUGUACAAGCCAGUGGACCUGAGCCAUGUGACAUCCAAAUGUGGUUCCCUGGGCAACAUCCAUCACAAACCAGGUGGUGGCCAGGUGGAGGUGAAAUCUGAGAAACUGGACUUCAAAGACAAGGUGCAGUCGAAAAUCGGGUCCCUAGAUAACAUCAGCCACGUCCCUGGAGGAGGCAAUAAAAAGAUUGAGACUCACAAGCUGACCUUCCGUGAGAACGCCAAAGCCAAGACCGACCACGGCGCCGAAAUCGUCUACAAGUCCCCGACCAUCUCCGGAGACGCCUCCCCCCGCCGCCUUAGCAACGUCUCCUCCACCGGCAGCAUCAACCUGGUGGACUCCCCCCAGCUGGCCACGCUAGCCGACGAGGUGUCCGCCUCGCUGGCCAAGCAGGGCUUGUGAUCACGGCACGGCGGCCACCAGGAGAGAAGACAAGGAAAGGAAACGAAAAAGAAAAGAAACAAAAAUAAUAAUCUGGCCUUCUUCCUCUGUUCCUUUUACAGCUGCUUCCCCGUCCCUAACUGGUUAAUGAUUUAACCUGCUUUUACUGUUCAUUCAGCUCUAGCUCCAGGACUUCAAAAUCAGUGACACUAUGAGGUACAAAACCUCCUCUCCCCCUGCUCCUCGGAGCGCACAGCCCGUCCUGUCCCUGUCCCU